AAAGGCGACAACAUUCUUACAAAUAUAAUUCAUCUAAUGCAACAUUAAUUCUUUCCAAUUCCUUGAAAAUCUACUUAAAUUUCAAAAGAAAAAGCAAUAAAAUCUUAAAACAAUUGCACUGCUGAAAUUGUUUUCAUUUUCAAUACAUUUUUUCACGCUUCACUGAAUACACGCGAGCCGGACGGUGAGCAGCGUAAAAUUUCAUACAAGUAAGAAUUACAAAUAUGAAUAUUUUGGAUCUUCCACCAGAAUUGAUAACAGUGUGUUUCGCGUAUUUAAAAGGAACUGAUCUUGCUCGCGUAGCAAAGACAUGUUCAUUAUUCAAUGAAAUCGCUAACAUUGAAAGAUUAUGGCAAGACAGGUGUUCUAAAGAAUAUGGUCUCCCUGUUGACAGUAAUCUGAAAAAGUCAUUUAAAGAGGUGUAUGGAAAAGUUCUACAUAAGUAUGGUUUCACAGUUGGUUUGUGGAGAAACAGCACAACUUGUUAUGGAGGAGUUGUACACAUAUGGUAUACUAAAGAGGGAGAUAUUUUAGCAGAAGAACUGUUCAGUCAAAAAGAUGUCCAUGAAGAGUUGAAACAAAAACAUCUGUUCUGUGUGUCACUGAAUGAGAACGGGAAAGUGGUAAAAGAGUGGUUAGCAGAUUGUUUAUGUCCGCAGCCUUGUGAGAUAUAUUUAGACAAGGAUAGUUAUGAUUCAAACAAGUUUUGUGUUUUUCAAGAAGAAAGGAAUAAGUCUAAAGAAGAGAAGGAAAAGGAGAAGUUGUUAUUCCUUAAAGAAUGUGAGUUACGCGGUACACAUCGAGAGUUGUGUAUGUACAAAUGGCAAUCCUAUAAACAAAAUCAGAGCAAACAGUCUUUUGAAAGGAUUGACAAAUCAAGGUUUGAACCUGUCAGCAAGGUUCCUAUUCAGCCAGGGUUGUUUAAAGGCACAUAUGGUGGACAUGGCACUGAAAUUGUCCAUUUGUACUAUGAUUCUGGUGGAACUUGUGGCCAUGGUCAAAAAAUAUCAGGUGACCCAAACGUUCCCUCAGGUGAAGUAAGUCUAAGAUUUAAUAUAGCCAAUCAUAUGGUUCUAGACAAAGAGCAACAACAAUUUCAUGCUCUCAGACAAGAGGAGUUGGACGAUGAAGUGAAAUCAGCCUUCAAUCAUGAGAAAAUGUUGCAACAACCAUUCCUUAUGCCAUCUGAUAUACAUAUUGAUGACAGAAAUGCUGUCUGUCCAAAAUUCUGUAUAGCCAGGUAAGUAUUUCUUUCAAUGUUUUAUUUU